CUUUGGUGGGCGUGGACACCGAGGCUCGGGCUUCCUGCUCGGAUGAACACGUGGUUCCGUGUCAGCCUCCCUGCCUGUCUGUCAGUGUGUGAAGGUUUCUUUCUCUCACUCCUCUUCCCGUCUAUCCUCCCGUGCCACACAGCAGACCUCCUCCUCUCGUGACUCCGUCCCACCCGCACCUUCUCCUGCUUCUCCUCGUGCAGCUACACUUAGCUUCUCCUGUUUGCUACGGCUCGCGUGGACUACCGACAUCCAGGCCGCUGUCCCUUCAACGUGUAUCCGCUCAAUAGUGUGGAAGUGUGUGUGUGUGUGUGUGUGUGUGAGUGUGUGAGAAAGAGAGAGUGUGUGCGUGUGCGCGCACCCGCAGCCGGUCUCUCCGUGUUCUUUCUCCCCCGCCAUCCCGCCUUGUUGUUCGGUCAUGACGCUGGAAUCGAUCCGCUACCGGGCCGGGUCUCUGCAGAUCCUGAACCAGCUGCUGCUGCCACAUCAGACCUCUUACGAGGAGAUCCGCUCGGUGCAGGACGCUUACGAGGCCAUCAAGUCCAUGAAGGUGCGGGGCGCCCCGGCCAUCGCCAUCGUCGGCUGCCUCAGCCUUGCGGUGGAGUUGCGAGCGGGCACCGGGGGUGAUGACCCUGUGACCUUCAUCAGGGAGUCUCUGUGCCACCUGACCUCGGCUCGGCCCACUGCCGUCAACAUGGGUCGCGCCGCCCGUGAGUUGAUGGAGUUUGCUGAGAACGAGAGCAUGGAGAAGAACUCGGAGCAGCUCAGAGAAAGUGUAAUCUCCUGGAUUGAAGACAUGCUGGAGCGUGACGUCAACGACAACAAGAAGAUCGGAAACUAUGGCGCCCAGCACAUCCUGUCCGGCGUUCCGAGGGACUCCGUCACCAUCCUCACACACUGCAACACCGGUUCGCUCGCCACUGCUGGAUACGGGACCGCACUCGGCGUGGUGCGAAGCCUCCACACGCUGGGCAGGCUGAAGCGUGUGUACUGCACGGAGACGAGACCGUACAACCAGGGGUCCCGACUGACGGCGUACGAGGCAGUCGCUGAAGGAAUCCCCGCCACACUUAUCACAGACAGCAUGGCGGCUCUGACCAUGAGAGAAAUGAGCAUCACAGCUGUGGUGGUGGGUGCAGACAGGGUGGUCGCCAACGGAGACACGGCCAACAAAGUGGGCACGUACCAGCUCGCCAUCGCCGCAAAGCACCAUGGGAUUCCCUUCUAUGUGGCCGCACCCAGCACGUCAUGCGACCUGAGCCUGGAGAGCGGCAGGGACAUCAUCAUCGAAGUGCGCCCCCCCGAGGAGCUCACUAGUAUAAACGGAAUACCCAUCGCGGCCCCGGGUAUCGAGGUGUGGAACCCGGCAUUCGACGUGACCCCUCACCAGCUCAUCACGGGAGGCAUCAUCACAGAGCUGGGGGUCUUCCUCCCCUCUGAGCUGCAGGCGGCACUCACCGGCCGCCUCACCGCCCUCUAGAGCCGCUGCUGGUCCGUGUGCACCACUGCACCUUAACGUUCACACACUCAAAGACACUCUCAUUUCAUCACAGAACACACACACAGUCAUGGUUGUGGAUUCAUUUUCUGUUGGUCAUUGCACUGUCACUGGUACAUGUCGGUGGUGCACACACAAGAAGACGGUGUUCUUCAGUCUCUCACUCACACACACUCACCGCAGGGAGUCAGGCAGACACGUGUGCAGUCUCCCCUUUUCUUUUACGUCCCUCUUUUUUUUCUGUGGUCCUUCCAUUUCACCCUUUCCCAAGUUUUCCAUCCCAUCUUUCAUUCUCUCCCGCCGCCUCCUUCUCUUUAGUGCUCAGCUGGACUCAAUCCUGAAUAUUGUAUUUGGCAAAGAAGCACAUUUUUCAGGGCUUCUUUAAUUGCAAAAAAAUGGCAAAAAAAAAUUUAAAAAUGCGUAUUCAUAUUAAAGUAGUGUUUUUUCUUAGCCAUGUUUUUUAAAAUGCUGCUACCCACUUUGUAAAUAUACAUAAUCUUGCAGUUAGUGUGUGUACAUAUGUAGAAAACUAACCCCUGCUACUAAAAGGUACUGCUAUUUUAACCAAAUGUGUGGUUAUUUGAAUUUAAAUUUGACAUCUAAAAUGUUAUAUUAACAUUUGCUUUAUUUUGUUUCACGUAGAAACCUUUUUUAGACGAAUAACCAAAUUUAGGGCUCAUAAAUGUUCACAGCCAGAGUUUUAGUGAUCGUAUUUCACUUUUUACCCCCUGCUGCCAAAUUUGGAAACUCUUGAUUGGUCCUCGUAAGUCAGCUGAAGCCUAUGACGAUACAUGGCUGUGUUAUACCUCACUCCUUGAUCAUAUAUCGCUAUUCCCAGUUGUAUUGUAUCAUACCACACUUGUAUUCUCAUAAUGUACUUAUAUAUAUGUAACCAUACUUACUUCAGCACCAUACACAUAUUCACCAUACUGCACAGGACGCUCUGUACGAAUGGAAAAUCAACAAAAAAAAAGGGAAAUUGUGUCAUUUUUUGCCAUAACAGCUUUUGCUGAGAUCUCAGAGGUGUGUUAUGCUGUUGUAUUUCUGCGGUACAGGCAUCACCAUCAAAGGAAUAGUUCACCCCAAAACAAAAGUUGGGUCCUCUGUCAUACAUAUGUAGCUUCAGGCUUAUCUCAAAUUAUCUUUAAACAACAGGUGAUUGUUUUAUAGCCCUGGAAAAUGUAAAAAGUAAUCAAAUUAUAACUCAAUAUCUCUAUUUAUUGCCACUGAAUUGUGUGUUCAACUAGAGCUGAACAGAAAUUACUUAAUGUAAUGAGACUGGCCAACAGAGAAUCUCUUAAGCUUAUUGUUUUGGUUUUAAAGCCUGCGACUUUACAAUUUUGAUUGACUGUUACCGCUUGGAAAACCUGCUCUAUGGUACCUGUUAACGACAAACAUCAUUACUAGUUUCCCCUAGUUGGUGGAGACCAAAAGAGAGCUGAAUUGAGAGUCAAUGUAAUUGGGCUUACGUUGGUCAGUUGGACACACACAUGACGCAAACGAAUGACUGUGUUGUUUGAUAGUGAAUAAGCAUCUGUUUUCCAACAAGCCUGAACAACUUCAUAAGGUGCUUAUUUGAAAACCUUGUGUUAACACCUUCACAUCUCUAGUCUUGAUAUAAUUGUGUAGAUAUAUUAAAAGUAUUUAGAGAAACAACAAUAGCUUUAUUUUGAGGUGAACUAUUCCUUUUAGAUUAUUCUCACUGAGUGUCUGUCCUCGGUGAGCUCUGCGACACAAAGAGUGACGGCAUCAACAAUCAGAAUGUAAUGUUCAACUCAGAUGAACUUCUGUCAUUCAGGACAUACAGUAACAUGAACUCAGAAUGUGUUUCAACUGUUUGGAUUAUUCCUCCUCAGACUGACUCCCAUCUGACUACUCCAUGAGAUCAGGGCCAUGGGCGACUGAGUACAGUUAGACAGGACCCUGAAGAUGGCAACAACAAAAAAAGAAGAUUGUCGGGCAGCAAUGUUAGCAUUCAACUUUCAUUUGCAGACUAAACAAAGGGGGAAAUUAUUUGUCUAGCACUAAAAACAAUUAGUCUAUUAAAAACUAAUCUGUAACUAUUUUGAUAAAAUUAUCACUUCAGUUAUUUUUAAAACAAGGCUUUUUUUGGUUUGAUAUUAAUCAUUAAUUUGCUGCCCUACCUUUUUUAUAAUGCACCAUUAUUGACUAUGGUAUCUUUGCAGAAGCCAGAUUAAAGCCUGACUGUAAUCUAGUAUUAUCCAGUAAACUGGUAUUGAUUAUGAAGCUCGAUAGAAAUGUCCCAGAUAACUCGAUUGUUUUGGACACACCCGCUCGCUGCACUGAAUGUCACAGGGCCGGUUUUCGGGGGGGGGGGGCCCACACUGUUCACUGCCUUACAGGUGCAGCACCAAUAUACAGUAGCUCAAUGACGGGAGCUGUAAUCAUGACCGGAAAGACAGCAGCCCUUCCUUCACCCUGGUUUCUAACCUUACACACGUCCCUUGUGGACUUUUUUAAUCCAUUUCAUUCAUUUUAACAUGACAUACACAACCUUUCGCACUCUGAAGAACAACUGAUUCACCCAGAGAAAAGCCAUUAAAAAAGAGCGUAAUGUCAAGAAUAGUCAUAGCAGAAUCCAUAGUAUCAUUGCUGUAAUAUAAGCUCACUUCUUCCUUUAUCUUCCUACUCUUCGUUUAUCCUCCUUUCACCCAUUAAACCUCAACUCACAAAUAUGCUGUUAGUUCACACAUGAGUGUAAAAGACACUUUUCUUUCCUUUUUGUUUUGUACAGUUCAAGACGUCACAUGUUUGGGGGCAACUUUAGACAAUGUUCCAGACAUAUGUAGCAAAUUCAUGGCGGUCAGACCCGCUACGUAUUAUUUAGUUUUUGAAUCUUUAAGAGGAAUUCAAUUUUUGUUUGUCUGUACAUCACGAUUAUAACUGUUAUGCUGUGAUUUGUUUAUUUGUUUCAUGACAUUGUGAUUCCUAGUGACUAGGCCAUUAGUACACCACACUGGGGAGGCCUCCUCAACCAUACACACUACCUCUCCGCCUACCUACACGGACUCAAACACUGAAUGCAUGAACACACAGCACUCAGUGUGCCUGGCUGCAGCAGAGCUGAUUGACAGAUUUAAGAAAGAAAAUAAAUCUGGACUAAACUAUCCACAUCUCAGUAAUGUUUGUACCGUGAACCCGAAGUGACAAGUAAUUUGUGGCGGUGCUUUUUGUUUGCCAAAGUAGCCUGCAUUCAGGCCAGUGUGUUAUGUUGGGUUUCCACUGAAAUGUUUCUGCAUCACGCCAUGUUUUUUACACCAUGCUUUUGAAGCAGCAGCAAUAUGGUACUGUGUUAUAAAAAAGAUGUUCCAACAACCUCCCAACAUGCGCCUAAUAAUCAGGUGCCAAAAUUCAGUGCUGCUUGCCAUGUAUUUUCCACAUGAUAUCACUAAGCAAAGCAGGUGUUUGUGUAUUAUUCUCAAUAAUUAGUAUGGCCUGCAGUCACCAUGGAAGGAGUGUUGUUCAGAUGGCCUCUUUAAGUGCAAGUAUGUUAUUGUUGUUAUUGAUAAUCACUUGAUCUGGUUUUAUUUUGUAACAUGUGGAAAUGGAAAACUGGAUUUUUUUUAAAUAUAUAUGUAUAUGAAUAUAAUGCUGUAAAGUGCAGUCAUUAAUUAAGAGAUUUCUCUUUCACAUCAAUACAGUAAAAAGAAUAAAUCCACAGUGAAAUUA